AUGUGUGUUACAUUUUUAUACCUAGAUGAUAAAAUGAUAGAUAACCCUGAAGGUUAUCAAUUAAUUUUGUUGAACAAUCGCGAUGAAUUCUUUGACCGACCAACAACACUAGCUGCUUGGCAAGAUAAUAUUCUUUGUGGUCUUGAUCGAAAAAAUGAUUACGGUGGAACGUGGUUAGGUAUCGACAAAAGUGGUCGUAUAGGAAAUAUCCUUGCUGUGCUUGAAAAUGAAACGGAUAAAACGUCUAGGGCUCCGAGUCGUGGUAAAAUAGUGCGCGAAUAUAUAAAAUCGAAUUUAUCACCAGAAGAUUAUUUCAUGCAACAGUUAUCUGAUGAAGCACAGCAGUAUUGUGGUUUCAACUUGUUUCUCCUUGAUCGGCAGCAUAACAAGAGCACUGGGCAAAAAUCGUAUUCUGGAAUUUACUUUUCAAAUCGAGAUAACAGUUCAGCUGUUAACUUUGGUACAGGUAUUUAUGGAUUCGGAAAUAGUGCAUCAUAUCAAAAGCCAUUCAAGAAAGUUACUUAUGGCUUAGAAUUGUUCAAAGAAACGCUAGCAAUGUUACAUGAUGAAAAGUUUAGUGAUCAGGAACUGAUAAAUCGAUUAUUAGAUAUAUUAACUGAUCAAACAAGUCAUCAUCCUGAUGAACAACUAAUAUCUCAAAAAAGACAAAACGAGCAAUACUGCAAACUUAUGUCACAAUUGUUUUACGAAUUACCAGAUUCUGUACGAUAUGGAACUCGAUCUCAUACUAUUGUGCUGAUAGAUGGCGCUGGUCGUUGCACAUAUUUUGAACGUAGUCGAAGUCAACAAACACCUUCUAGCGAUGUUACGUGGACUGAUACUACGCAUUGCUUUGAUCUAGAAAAUUUAUAA